AUGGAGCUGCUACUACUCGCAACACUCGCACUCACCGUUGGCCAAGUCAGCGCGGAAACUCUCAAGAUUACCUUCUGGAUUGAGCCCGUUCAGCGGGCGGAGUUCGAUGCCGAUAUGGUGGUGGUGCUCAAGGAGCUGGACGCACUGCGUCUGGAUGUAAAGGUGGCCGACACAUCCUUGACCCUGACCCGAUCGCAAGAUGGCCUGGACAUGGAGCGAUUCUGCGAAAUCCUAUCCACUGCUGGAACUAGCGCCGUGAUCGACCUGACUUACCGCCACUGGGAGGAGGGAUACAACCUGGUGCGCUCCCUGGGAAUCGGCUAUGUGCGUCUGGAGAGGAUCAUGCGACCUUUCUUGGACAUGUUCGGCGACUUUAUGCGCCAGAAGCGGGCCAACAACGUGGCCAUGGUCUUCAUGAAUGCCCGCGAUGCCGGCGAGGCGAUGCAGCAGAUGCUGGUCGGCUAUCCCUUCCGCACGCUCAUCCUGGACGCCAGCCAGACCGAUCCCGGCCAGAAUUUCCUCGAGCGCAUUCGGUCCCUGCGUCCGGCGCCCACUUAUGUGGCCUUGUUUGCCCGAGCUGCCGCCAUGAAUGGCAUUUUUGAGAAGGUGCAAAAGGCUGGAUUGUUCCAGCGGCCCUUGGAGUGGCACUUUGUGUUCCUGGACACUCGGGAUCGGGUAUUCAAGUACAGGCGCCAAGCGGAACUGUGCACCCGGUUCACAUUGAGUCCGCGUGCGAUCUGCCGAUCGAUGCCCAUGCCGGAUCUUUAUUGCGGAAGUGGAUUCACGAUGCAGCGCGCCAUGCUGUUGAAUGUGCUGCGCAGCCUGAUAAAUGCGGCGCAGCUGAGUCCCGUGUAUCCGAGUGCCAGCUACCACGACUGCAAUGCCACCGCCUCAUCCGCGGAGGUGGGUGAAGGUGGAGCCUUGGAGGAGGACCACAACUGGCUGGACAUGGUGCACUGGAGCAACUUCCUCACAUACGCCACGCCGGUGCAGCACUAUCAGGAUUCAUCGCAGAGUCCAGUGCCGGGACUGAGUUUUGCCGUCAACAUAUCCGCCGGCUAUUACAGUUCCGAGCACGAGGCCAAAACGGAUCUGGCCGCCUGGUCGUCGGUGGCCGGAGAGAUGCGUCUCCUCAACGAGACAAUCAGUCCGGCUCGCCGUUUCUUCCGCAUUGGCACGGCGGAGAGCAUUCCGUGGAGCUAUCUGCGCCGGAACGAGCACACCGGUGAAUUGAUAAGGGAUCGCAGUGGUUCGCCCAUUUGGGAGGGCUACUGCGUGGACUUCAUCAUGCGCUUGUCGCAGAAACUCAACUUUGAGUACGAGAUAGUGGCGCCCAACCAGGGACACAUGGGUGAGGUGAAUGAGCAGGGCCAAUGGGAUGGCGUGGUGGGUGAUCUGGUUCGUGGUGAAACGGACUUUGCCAUAGCCGCCCUCAAGAUGUACUCGGAGCGCGAGGAGGUGAUUGAUUUUCUGCCACCCUACUAUGAGCAGACGGGCAUAUCGAUUGCCAUACGGAAGCCGGUGCGCAAGACGUCGCUUUUUAAGUUCAUGACCGUACUUCGGCUGGAGGUUUGGCUGAGCAUCGUGGCCGCUCUGGUGGGCACGGCCAUUAUGAUCUGGUUCAUGGACAAGUACUCGCCGUACAGUUCGCGCAACAAUCGCGAGGCCUAUCCGUACGCCUGUCGGGAGUUCACGCUGCGGGAGAGCUUCUGGUUCGCCCUCACCUCGUUCACCCCCCAGGGUGGUGGCGAAGCACCCAAGGCCAUUUCCGGCCGCAUGCUGGUGGCAGCCUAUUGGCUGUUCGUGGUCCUCAUGCUGGCCACUUUCACGGCCAAUUUGGCUGCCUUCCUCACCGUGGAGCGCAUGCAGACGCCAGUGCAGUCGCUGGAGCAACUGGCUCGCCAGUCGAGGAUCAACUACACGGUGGUGAAGAACUCCGACACGCACCAGUACUUCGUCAACAUGAAGUUCGCCGAGGACACACUGUACCGCAUGUGGAAGGAGCUGGCCCUCAACGCGAGCAAGGACUUCAAGCGGUUUCGCAUCUGGGACUACCCCAUCAAGGAGCAGUACGGCCACAUACUGCUGGCCAUCAAUAGCUCCCAGCCGGUGCUGGAUGCCCGCGAGGGAUUCGCCAAUGUGGAUGCCCACGAGAACGCGGACUAUGCCUUCAUCCACGACUCGGCGGAGAUCAAGUACGAGAUCACGAGGAAUUGCAACCUCACCGAGGUGGGUGAGGUGUUUGCGGAGCAACCCUACGCCGUGGCCGUCCAGCAGGGUAGUCACCUGGGCGACGAGCUGAGCUACGCCAUCCUGGAGCUGCAGAAGGACCGCUUCUUCGAGGAGCUGAAGGCCAAGUACUGGAACCAGUCGAAUCUGCGCAAUUGCCCCUUGUCCGAGGAUCAGGAGGGCAUCACUCUGGAGAGUCUGGGUGGUGUCUUCAUCGCCACCCUUUUCGGCCUCGUCCUGGCCAUGAUGACUCUCGGCAUGGAGGUGCUCUACUACAAGAAGAAGCAGAACACACUGGAGAUCACGCAGGUUCGUCCUGUGGGGGAUUUUUUGGCGGAUUCGGGGGAAUCCUCGACAGCUCCGCCCACGGCAACCAGCCUCACAAAGCAGGCCUGGCACAUCCCACUGGCAUCGAAGGACGAGGGGGAGAAGGAAAAGCUGGCCGAGAAGGAGCAGCGGCAGGAGAAGGUGUCGCCACCACCCUCCUUCGAGGCAGCCACCUUUCGGGGCCGCAAACUGCCCUCCAGGAUCACCCUGGGCGAUGGCAAGUUCAAACCCCGUCAGGGACUCUACUCACGCAGGAACCUCGGCGCCUCCGACUCCUACAGUGGCUACAUGGAAUAGGAUCCUUCGUUUUGGUUCUCCUCCUGCACCUAGUCCGCAGAAAUUGAUUGACCGAAAAAAACAUUAAUAAACUAAAUGAUUAAACCAGGGACCAUAAAUGAUAAUUAUUAAUUUAAAUUAAAAA